AUGAAGACUGUUAGAUUCGUAUCUUUUCUUAUUUUCUUCAGCUACAUUAGAUGUCAGACUCUUCAGAGAAGUUUACUAGAUGCAGCCACGCAACAAACAAAUGGCCAGAAUUUUCUAGAGGAGAACUUAAGAGCUAUCACUAGCAUUAUGGUUGCACAGUUUCUUCAGAAACUGACUUAUGAAAAAGUACAAAUCAUAGUUCAAGAGUUGCUAGAUCUUGCAGAAAAGUGCAAGACCCUCAAGUCACAUGAAUUACCUUCAGAAUCCUGUCACCAGUUGAUGGCUACCUUCCUAGAGCAUAUUUGGAGUAACCAAGGAAUGGCUGGCAAAUGUGUAUUUUCUGACUGUUGCAACAUAAAUAAGACAGCAAGACAUAAGUGCUUCCUAUUACACAAAAAGGAUGAUACAGGUUACACUGAAAUAUUCCAGAUUUCAAAUCCUGAGCAAAUCUGUGAGAUGGGCAAAGAGAAUAAAGUGCCAGUGAAAGACAGGUACAUUUAUGAAACUUCUAGGAAGCAUCCAUUCUUGUAUGGACCCACUAUUUUAACCAUGUCUGUUUGCUAUGAAACAGCUGUUCAGUCAUGUUGCCGAGAAGAAAAUAAGACUGAAUGCUUCCAGACAAAGGAAGGGAUGUUUCAAAGAGUGGUUCGUGAAAGCCAUGAGUGUGUGAAAAAUCAGUGUGAUGUACGUGAGAAAUUAGGAGAUAGUAACUUUCACGACAGGCUCAUAGUCUUUUAUACAAAGAAAGCCCCACAGCUGUCUGCUCAGGAGUUGAUUGUUCUCACGAAGAACAUGGCAGCUGCUGCCAGCAAGUGCUGCCCACUGGAUCAAGAGCCCCAGUUUGUCUGCAUGGAGGACUCGGCAAAGUUAAUUCUUGGAGCUCUAUGCAGAAGGCAUGAGACGGAGCCCAUCAGUGCUGCUGUGGGUGAGUGCUGUGAUGACUCGGAUGCCUUCAGAAAGCAUUGUUUUGAUGACCUGCAAGUCGAUGGAACUUACAUUUCUCCACCAUUAUCCUGUGACCAAGUCAUCAACCUUAAAGAAGACUUGUGCAAAGCUCAAGAGGAGGAAUUAAAAACUGAAAAGCUAAAACUCCUCAGCAACCUUGUGAAGCAGAAACCGUAUGCAGCAGAGAUGCAGUUCCAAUCAAUUAUUGUGGAUUUUGCUCACCUGGUGGAGAUGUGCUGCCAAGCAGAGAAAAGUGAAAUGUGUUUCCAAGAAGAGGGGUUCAAACUGAUUGAAAAGUGCCAGCUUCUUUUGGGAAGCUAA